GCUGGUGACAUGGAUAAGUUUAACCAGACAUUUCUGAAAGAUUUCAUUCUUCUGGGUCUCUCUGGGUACCCCAAGCUUGAGAUCAUUUAUUUCGUUCUAAUCUUAUUGAUGUAUCUAGUGAUACUAAUUGGCAAUGGUGUUCUCAUCAUAGCAAGCAUCUUUGAUUCCCGUCUCCACACCCCCAUGUACUUCUUCUUAGGCAACCUCUCUUUUCUAGAUAUCUGCUACACAUCCUCUUCUGUUCCCUCAACCUUGGUAAGCUUAAUCUCGAAGAAAAGAACAAUUUCCUUCUCUGGAUGUGCAGUACAGAUGUUCAUUGGGUUUGCAAUGGGAUCAACAGAGUGUUUGCUUCUUGGCAUGAUGGCUUUUGAUCGCUAUGUGGCCAUCUGUAACCCUCUGAGAUACUCCAUCAUCAUGCACAAAUUGGUGUAUGUGCUGUUGGCUUCUGUGUCUUGGCUGUCUGGUGGAAUCAACUCGAUUGUGCAAACAACCCUUGCCAUGCAAUUGCCUUUCUGUGGGAAAAACAUUAUCAAUCAUUUCACCUGUGAAAUACUAGCUGUUCUCAAGCUUGCCUGUGCUGAUAUAUCCCUUAACAUUAUCACCAUGGUGGUAUCAAAUAUGGCCUUCUUGGUUCUUCCACUGGUCAUUAUUUUUUUCUCCUACUUGUUUAUUCUUUACACCAUCUUGAGAAUGAGCUCGGCCACAGGACGGCGCAAGGCAUUUUCCACCUGCUCAGCACAUCUGACUGUGGUGAUCAUAUUUUAUGGUACCAUUUUCUUUAUGUAUGCAAAACCCAAGUCCCAAGACUCGCUUGGUGAGGACAAGUUGCAAGCACUUGACAAACUCAUUUCCCUCUUUUAUGGGGUAGUAACCCCCAUGCUGAAUCCUAUAAUCUAUAGCUUGAGGAAUAAGGAUGUAAAAGCUGCUGUGAAAUAUCUGCUGAACCGCAAGCCUACCUGA